AUGACCGAAAGGACACAAGAAGCUCAUCAGCCUUCUUCGGAACAAGAAGAGGCUGUCUUGAUGAUGUUUGAGCCGAUGCACAUUGUGGUGGAUCGAGUACCAACAGAAAAAACCACCACCAAUUUUGAAAUAAGUAAGGAUGGAAUUCAUGAUACAAAUUCAUCAAUGUUCCUUUCAAAAGACAUCCAUCAUCCAACCACUCUUCAGGAUCCAUCUCAUGUCUUAAAUGAAACUUCGAUUCAAAUCUCUCGGAAUCAUGACCAAGAAGAAGGAUUGGUGGUUCACUCAUCUGAACCAACAACAAAUCCAUCAAUGGAAACAACCGUACAAAACAAAACGGAACAUAAUUAUGAAACAACAACCCAAUCUCUAUCAAUUCCAAAUGGUAGUACUACCAUUGAAACAACCACACAUUUACAAGUUCCUUCAAUUCCCAAUCAGGUAUCAUCAAUCUCUUGUGAAUCAUCCGUAUCACCUUCAUCAGCAAGUCUUGUUCAUGAUCCUUCCAAAAGUAUAAUAAGCAGUCAUCAUGAUGGUGGUGAACAGAACUUAUUUGAAAAAGAUGAUAAUCAUCUCGUCAUUGUUCCUUCCACACUUAAUUAUGGACAUCAACGAAUAUCAAUGAUUGUAAAAAGAAUAAUCCUUUCAAUCCUUUCUUUGGGUAUAUUUCCUCUCUUUUUAUUGCUAUUGACAAAAGCCUUCACCUCUCGACAUGAUCCACUGGAAACUUUCUUUUUAUAUUUUUUGAAAUUGGGAGAAUUGUCCAUUUUGUACACUUUUUUUCUCUUCUCCAUCUAUUAUCCUUUAUUUUAUGGUUAUUAUCCUCCAAAUAUCGCCUAUGUGCUUGUUCUUGCAGUGUUACCCUUGUUGAAUGUUUUAUUUGCAGGAUUGUUUGGAUCCUUUGGAGGUUUAUCCAAGUGUGUAUCAUUAAUUAUUAAUACAUUAUUUCUCAGUUGGGUGUAUUGGAUCUUUCGAAUUUGGAUUAAAAGAUCACCCAUCUCACCAGCACCUCCCUCCAUUGAAGAUGAAUCUUCACCUCCAAGUUCCAUUCAUACAUUCACUCAAGAUCAUCACCAUGGUGGUGGUGGUGAACAACAUCAACUCGUUAGCAAUCCUUCUUCUCAUCAUCACUUUCAGGGUGGCACCACUUACAGUUUUCAUUCGAUGCGAUCUAAUUUUACCACAUGCACCACCAACACACCCAUGAACUUGCAAGAGAAUCAUGAAGUGAGGACUCUCCAUCCUUCAUCACAUCCAUCAUUGACUGAAGAAACUCAUCACCAUCACCUCCAUCACCACCAUCCUCUCUCACAUGCUUCCUAUGGUGAUCCUAGUGCCACCACCAUGUGUCCACAAAAUCAAGAAUUUAAUCCUCACAUUUCCUCUUCUCACAAUAUUGCUCAUUCAGAAGAAGCAAUCCAAGUUCCUGAAAUUACCUUUUCCUUUGUUGAAAUUGAAUUAGAAACAACAACACCAAAUCAAAUAUCUGAUACUCACAGUCAUCAUGAUAACCAUUCGAUACACAACACUACUACUCAUAAUGGUUCUCAAAGAAAUCAAAAUGAAGAGGAUCAUUCUUCUCAUUCAGUGGAUACAAUCAGUGUCAAUAGCAAUCACAGUGAUGACUUUGAUGAGAAUGUGUUUGAUGAAGAAGAAAGAAAAGAUUUGAGAACAAAAACACAGAGAAAUCUAAUGAGAGAAGAACGAAAUUUGAAAUUAUGGACAAACAUGCAAAUCAAUAUUGCUCUUUAUAGUAAGUAA